ACUCUCUUGUCUGCCUCGACUCGUCGUCUCUCACACUACUUCUCUCUUCAAAAGCCGGACCACAGGCGCCCGUGUUGCCGCUGUCCGCUCUAGACGCCGCCGCCUGCGCCAGCAGCUCGUCGCACGUGCGCGCCUGCCUGCGUGCCAGUGUCGGCCCCGUCUCGUCCCGCCUUUAUCGCCGCGCCUUUGCACACAUCUAGCAGCGCCCGUCGCUGCUGCCUCACGCCGCCAUGGGUAACAUCUGCAGUUGCUGCGGACGAUCGCGCAAUGCGCAGUACGAGCCGCUGCUGCUGGACAACGAGCGCGAUGCCGUUGCGGACCUGCUGCAGUACCUCGAGAACCGCUCGGAGACGGACUUCUUCACGGGCGACCCGCUGCGCUCGCUCAGCACGCUGAGCUUCUCGGACAAUGUCGACCUGCAGCGCUCUGCGGCGCUGGCGUUCGCCGAGAUCACCGAGAAGGAGGUGCGCGAGGUGGGCCGCGACACGCUCGAGCCCAUCAUGUUCCUGCUGCAGAGCCACGACGUGGAGGUGCAGCGGGCCGCCAGCGCCGCGCUGGGCAACCUGGCCGUGAACUCGGAGAACAAGCUGCUCAUUGUCAAGCUGGGCGGUCUCGAGCCGCUGAUUCGCCAGAUGCUCAGCCCCAACGUCGAAGUGCAGUGCAACGCCGUCGGCUGCAUCACCAACCUCGCCACGCACGACGACAACAAGACGAAGAUUGCCAAGUCGGGCGCCCUCGUGCCGCUGACGCGCCUGGCGCGCUCCAAGGACAUGCGCGUGCAGCGCAACGCCACGGGCGCGCUGCUCAACAUGACGCACAGCGACGAGAACCGGCAGCAGCUCGUCAAUGCCGGUGCCAUUCCCGUGCUCGUGGGCCUGCUCGGCAGCAGCGACACGGACGUGCAGUACUACUGCACGACGGCGCUGAGCAACAUUGCCGUCGACGGCGCCAACCGCAAGAAGCUGGCGCAGACGGAGCCGCGCCUCGUGCAGAACCUCAUCGGCCUGAUGGAGUCGAGCAGCCUCAAGGUGCAGUGCCAGUCGGCGCUGGCGCUGCGCAACCUGGCGUCGGACGAAAAGUACCAGAUCGAGAUUGUGCGCUCCAACGGCCUGGCGCCGCUGCUGCGUCUGCUGCGCUCCUCGUUCCUGCCGCUCAUCCUCUCGGCGGCGGCGUGCGUGCGCAACGUCUCCAUCCACCCGCUCAACGAGUCGCCCAUCAUUGAUGCCGGCUUCCUGCACCCGCUCAUCGACCUGCUCAGCCACGAGGACAACGAGGAGAUCCAGUGCCACGCCAUCUCGACGCUGCGCAACCUCGCUGCCUCGUCGGAGCGCAACAAGACAGCCAUCGUCGAGGCGGGCGCCGUGGAGCGCAUCAAGGAACUCGUGCUCUCCGUGCCGCUCUCGGUGCAGUCGGAGAUGACGGCGUGCGCGGCGGUGCUGGCGCUCUCCGAGGACCUCAAGCCGCAGCUGCUGGAGAUGGGCAUCUGCGAGGUGCUCAUCCCGCUCACCGCCUCGCCGUCGGUGGAGGUGCAGGGCAACUCUGCGGCGGCGCUGGGCAACCUGAGCAGCAAGAGCGACGACUAUGCGCCCUUCAACGCCGUCUGGUCCGAGCCCGAGGGCGGCCUGCACGGCUAUCUGGUGCGCUUCCUCGAGUCGGCCGACACGACGUUCCAGCACAUUGCCGUGUGGACCAUCGUGCAGCUGCUCGAGAGCGGCGAUGCGCAGCUGGAGAGCAACGUGCGCUCCUCGCCGCACCUGCUGCCGCUCAUCCGCAGUCUCGCCGACACGCCCGCCGGCUCCGAGGGCGGCACGGCGACAAAUGGCGACGGCAGCGACGACGGCGCCGAUGCAGAGGGCGAGAUUGCCAGCCUGGCACGGAAGAUCCAGGAGAUUCUCAUCGACGAGGGCGGCGGCCUGACGGAGGACUCGAGGUAGUCCGCUGAUGCCGUGCCCCAUGAUCCCCUGUGCUGCGUCGGUGUGCCGUGCCGCGCAGCCACCCUCACCCGUCCGUGUUUCCCCUCUCGCGCGCUCUCCCUUCACCCAUAGUCUGAAUGUCCUGUAACGAGCUCAAUCGAUCCGAUGAUCUGCA